AUGGACUUCAACUUUAAGAAAAUCGCCACCGAGGCUGGUGGAUUCUUCAGUCGUGCGAAACAGUACACAGAAGAGACAUUUCUCAAAGCUGAACGGACGGAUUUGGAUCCACAUUUCGAGAAUUUGUUGCAACGAGCGGACAAGACGGAGGAGCACACUCGACGACUUCUGUCUUGCAUUGAGGGAUACUUACAACCGAAUCCAACCAUAAGGAUGGAAGACGUUUUCUAUGAGAAGCUGGAACUUAAGAAGGAUAAUGCUGCUCGACUGAACAGUCUCGAACAUAUGGCGCAAGCUAUGAGCGAAGCUGGAGAAGAGUUUGGGAAUGCGACACCUUACGGAAGUGCUCUUAUAAAAAUUGCACAAUCUGAACAUAAACUAGGGCAAGCUGAGAGAGAAUUUGUGACUGCAUCUGCUAGCCAGACCCUAUUACCUAUUCGCCGGUUUCUGGAGGGUGAUAUGAGGACUAUACAGAAGGAGCGGAAGGUUCUCAAUAGUAAACGAUUGGAUUUAGACGCAUGCAAGAGUCGACUCAGAAAAGCAAAAACAGUGGAGAGUCAGGCCGCCACUAGUAGUAAAUCAACGGGAAAUUUUACUGUAGAACAGGCAGAGGCAGAUCUAAGAGUAGCGCAAACAGAGUUCGACAAACAAGUUGAAAUCACCAAAUUGUUGUUGGAAGGAAUUCAAACUGCUCAUAAUAAUCAACUGAAGUGCCUUCGAGAUUUCGUUGAUUUACAAGUCUCGUACUUCGCUCAAGCGCAUCAGACGAUGGCUGAUCUUCAACGUGAACUUAGCGGAAUACUGACUUUUCGUGGUUCAUCGGCCGUACUCGUGUCUUCGAAUGGGCGAGUGGUGCGAAAUAUUCAGCCGGUAGCCGAGAGUGGAAAUUCAAUAAGUGUCUCCGAUAUUGGUACCAGGCAUGCUCGGGUUGUUCUCGACUACGAUGCUGUUCUUCCACAAGAAAUGAGUGUGCGACAAAACGAUGUACUGAUUGUUUACCCUCUUCCGGGACUGGAUCCAGAUUACAUGAUGGCAGAAAAAGGCAGUGUUAGAGGUCAAGUGCCCAUUUCAUUCCUAGAGUUUAGAUGA